CCUCCCCCUUCUACUUCUCCUGUCGUCACCAUCACCACGCCCCGAUACUCUGCGUACAUCCCAUCCUUCAUCCCUUCCAAGGUUCACUCACGGAUUCAUUUCCCUUGGCGGGAUCAUCAUGUCCUACUAUCCUCAGGGUCAGCCGCCCUACCAGCAACAGCAGCAACAACAACAACAACCAUAUCCACCACAAGGCUAUCACAACCAAGGACCACCUCCGCCCCAGCAGAUGAAUCACUCGGCCUACCCGCCUCCGAACCAGCCGUAUGGCCAGCAGCCUGGUUACGGUCAACCUCAAGGCUACGGUCAACAGCCCGGCUACGGCCAACCUCAAGGCUACGGCCAACCUCCCCCAGGCCCAUACGGCCCUCCACAAGGUCAAUACGGUCCACCUCAGGGGCAAUACGGUGCUCCUCCACCACCCUCCCAUCACGGCGCACCUCCGCCCUCCCAUCACGGCGCACCUCCCCCCGGUCCAUAUGGCCCACCCGGCGGCCCUCCCUACGCCGCCGCGCCACCGACCUCGGCGUCGCCCGGCUACAUCCCCGGCCAACAGUCCCACGCGGACAUGUCCCGCGCCGCCGAUGACCUCCGCGCCGCCAUGAAGGGCUUCGGCACCGACGAGCUCACCCUCAUCCGCGUCCUCGCCCCGAUGGGACCCCUCGAGAUCGCCUCGGUCAAGGCCGCCUACCAGGGCCGGCACCGCCGCGACCUGAUGAAGGACGUCCACGGCGAGACCUCCAACCACCUCCGCGAGACCCUCGAGGCCGUCCUCCGCGGGCCCCUCGACCAGGACUGCCACACCCUCCACUCCGCCGUCAAGGGCCUCGGCACCAAGGAGUCCGCCAUGAACGAGGUCCUCCUCGCCCGCUCCAACGCCGACAUGCACGCCAUCAAGGCCCGCUACCAGCAGCUCUACGGCCGGAGCCUGGAGGCCGACGUCCGCGGCGACCUCUCGAUGAAGACCGAGCGCCUCUUCGACAUGGUCAUGGCGGCCCGCCGCGCCGAGGACACCGCGCCCGUGCUGCCCCACGACACCGACCGCGACGUCCGCGACAUCUACGCCGCCACCGAGGCCCGCGCCGGCGCCGACCAGAUGACCGUGUGCGCCAUCCUCACCGCCCGCAGCGCCGGCCAGCUCCGCGCCGUCGCCGCCGCCUACCGCGCCCGCUACCAGCGGCCCCUGGCCGAGGUCCUGCGCAAGGAGUUCUCCGGCCACAUGGAGGACGCGCUGCUGCACAUCCUCUCCGCCGCCGAGGAUCCGGCCGCCCACGACGCCCACCUGAUGGAGGCCGCCAUGAAGGGCCUGGGCACCAAGGACGCCAUGCUCCUCCGCCGCGUCGUCGUCGUCCACUGGGACCGGGACCGCCUGGGCCAGUGCAAGGGCGCCUACCGCCACCACUACGGCCGCGACCUGGUGCAGCGCGUGCGGGACGAGACGAGCGGGGACUACCAGAAGCUGCUGGUCGCGUGCCUGGGCGAGCGGGUGUGAGGGAAACCUUUUUCUUCCAGGAUCCCCUCUCCCCUUUCUUUUGUUUUUCCCCCUCUUUCUUUCUUUCUUGUCUUCGUCUUGGGAUUUGUAGGCCAAGCGAGAUCGCCUUUUUUUUUGCCCCUCCGCUUUCUAUAUAUCCAAGUGUCUGGAUGUGAAU